CUUUAUGGUCAAAAAUUCAAUUUUUAGUUUUUGGGUGUAAUCAAGAUUGAAUUUUUACUCUCUCUGUGUUACAGAUAGUUAAUCUUUUUAGCUUAGGGUGGUUGUUUAGAAAGGUUCUUGAUUCACAAUCAUGAAAAAGAAGAAUAGGGAACUGAGGCAAUGGAGAGCCUAUUUUAGGUCAUCAACUUUGGAUAUUUUUUAUAUCAUUGAAUCUGCAUUAAGAGUAGCAGCCAUUGAUUACCCACAAGAGUUCAAAUUAAGAAGAGAUGGAAUAAAUGAGCUGCUCUUCUCAUUAGGGGAUUUUGAUAGUGAUGAGGUAGAAAAUGUUGUUGAUGUUGAGGGUGAUAGGAGUAAAAGAAAGUGUAAAAAUGAGUUAGUCAGAGAGUUAAAUGAUUGUGAUGUUGAAAAAAGGAAAAAUGAUAGCAAUGUUGAAGUUGAGGCAUUGAGUGAUGAGAUAGAGGAAGAGUCUCGAGUUGUUGACGAGGCUCUAUCGAUCAAGAAAAUCAUCGAUAACAGUCAAAAUGAGUCUGAUUCGAACAUAUAUAAGAGCUUAAAGAGGCUUCAAACGAUGGGUUUGUCCGUGGAGAUUCUGCAGAAAACAGAAAUUGGGAAGUCUGUUAAUACUCUCAGAUGGCACAACUCAAAAAAUAUUCGAUGUCUGGUCAGGAAGAUGGUCAAGGACUGGAUUGAAAUGGUACAAGAGUGGGUGGAUGCUCGAGCAGCAUUAACAGAAAGGAAAUCUGAGUCUACGAAAGCAUUCGUUGUUGAUGAAGAAGAAGGAGGACUUCCUGCCCCGCCCUUGGAGGACUUACCUUUCCUUUUUUCUCAGACCACCUCUAAAAUCGAGUUGUCACAAAUCUUUGAUGGCAUGGAUGAUGAUGGAAAUGUUAUAAUCAGCGUGGACCAAAAGGACGAGCAAGAAAAGAAACGAACUUCCCUUGUCAAACCAAAUAAACCUCCCGGAGUCAACUCAGGACGUGGAAGACCAACUAAGCGAGCACUGGAACAGAAGCUCAACAAUGAUCAUGAAAUGAAACUCCAGGAGAAAUCUGACAAGAGAAAAACUCAAACAAGGCCUGUGCAUACUCAACAAAAUAAACUGAAAUGCCUCGAUGAGGAUGCAGAACAUUUGAAACUUGAGGCCACAAAGCGAAAGCUCCAUGAGUGUUACCAACAAGUUGAAAAUGCCAAGAGGCAUAGGACGGUUCAAGUAAUGUCGUUGAAGGACAUACCCCAGCAAGGCCGUGGCGUUAGAAAGCCUCAUAAUAGGCGACAGUGAAUCAUUUCUUCGCCUUUGCUGGUCAACGUUGUGGAGGAGCAUCGUCAAUGAAGACUCGUGUCAAUGGAUCUCGUCUAGUUAGGAGAGGUGCGCGUGUUGUUCAAGUUAUACAUUUUCCAGUUGGAAGGACAUGAAUUGUGCCCAGAUUUUCGACUAUUUUGAACAUAUUAGCCUGCCCUUUGUUUUUCUUCUUUCAUAGAAAUGCCCUGAAUUGCAAUUUGUACAUCAGAAUAAGUGCAUUUACAUGUGGCUGGAUCAUUAAUGAUCCAAAUAUGAAAGAAAUACAAAAGUUGGACCUAUUUGAUCA